AUGGACUAUCCUACUCGCCGAUUCAGUCGAUUUCAUGCCAGACAAGUCUUUGCUCGAGCCAACUUUCCGUUGCGAGCAUACGGACCCAGAAGAGGGAUGGCGCUUCUCAAGAUCGGUCUGUUCGGCACUGUUGGCUACUUCGUCGCGAAGAAGCUUCUUCAAGACUCGAAUGAGCCACGUCAAAAUCCUCAACAAUGUGCAUCGUGCGGACAUGAGCGGCAGCAAGAAUCCAGGCAGCAACCGACGAACGUUCCACGGACGCCAUACCAUUAG